UGUAAAAUUACUAUUAUUAUUCAGUUUGCAUGUUGUAUCAGUUGUGUCUUCAAUUUACUAAAGUGGGAGAAAAAGAAAGUGGCAGUUAAACAUUGUUUUAGUUGUCCUCCCUGUAAUUACAGACAAGCUUAAAUAUAGUAUAUAGGUGGCACAUGUGUUCUAACUGCAAUAAUUGGAGAUGGGUUUGAAACUUACAGCCCUUGAGAAAUAAAAAUGGAAAUUCCCUUUACAAGAAAGAUUUUCUUUUGUAAGCAUAUACCUUGUAUCUUAAACAAAAAGCAUGAUUUAUGUGAGAAAGAAGAUAACUGCCUAACUAACUACCAAGAAAGUACACUUCUCUUUCCUGUGUGAAUACAGAAAUAUGAAGUCAGAUCUGCAAUCAUCAAAUCGUGAGUAGCACGAUUCAGAUACCAGCGGUUUUGUGGUGAUAUGGGCUGAAUGGUGUGGAUUCUAGUCUAAGAGUUCAGUUUGACUGGAUUUAAAGAAAAUAGUAUUUGGGGGCAGAGAGUGAAUCGUAUGUGUUGUUACAACACGUUCUGCUGUUUUAUCAUUUUUUUGGAAGACAAAGGUUUAAGAUUCAGUUGUACAUUCAUUCUUGCUAACCAACAGAAUGCUGCCCAAGAGCAUGCCACAAAAGGCUGUUUUGCUGUAGAGUGGUCCUUGGAGGAGAGUGGAAUACAAUUGUCUUCUAAUUAUUAUUGCCCGUUAGUUGGCUGGGCUACCUUGGAGUUACCAGCCCUGCUAUGGAAACAUUUGCAGUAGCAAUAGGAUUAAAUGGAUUGCAUAGUAUUCCAGUAGUGUAGGAGUGGAAAGUUUUCAUUUACCCUUGUCAACUUUUCUGUCUCCCAGUGACAGUGUCUCUCAAUGGGACAAGAGACCUCUUUUGAAGGCAUUUCUAUUGAGAUUCUCUUCAGAGAUUCCCAGGUGUCUUAUAUCUAAGGCAGAGAGAAUAAAAUGGUACACAGUUCUCUUACUAGAGGGAAGUGGAGGCAGGUCUUUUAAGUAUCAACUGUAGAGAACCAGGUUUCUCUCAACCUUUCCGAGUAUUGCUGCAGGAAAGGUGUGGUUGGAGGAGAGGGUCUGUGGAGGUGGCACAGUGCUGUUCUGGGCCAACUCCCCGCUCUACCCUGAGACUCGUGCCCAGUCACCCACCCCAGCUCACUUCCUGGGGAAGGGCUGGCUGCGCACACAGGCACAAAAUGCUCAAAAAGUCCAAUUUAGACAAGAGGCAUGCACCAGGUUAACUAUAACAGGGUGUGGAUUGAGCCUCCUCCCCCCCUUUUUUCCUCUCUUUUCUCUGUCUCUCCCCAGCUCCACACCAUCCACGUGGCAGCACCAAUGCAGGAUCUAAGGACUGGUGAUAUUCUUUGUUUUCUAUUCUAUCACAUUCUACCCCAUACUCAAUUUUGAAGUUUGUUGUGGGAAGGGGGAGGUGUUUGUUCCUUGUGAGCCAGUACCUUUGUGGUUUGUGAGCCAGCACCUUUCAGUGGUGGUUGCCGCAGCUGAGACGAUGGUACAAUAAAACAGUGAGUUCCUGGCACGUCUCUGGUAUCUUUUUUCAGCCUGACAAGAAUUUAUAACAAACAUCACGCCCCUACCGCUGGGUUGUGACAUCAGCAGAGGCAGGUCCUUUAAGUAUCAGGGUGAGAUAGUUGCAAGGCUUGCAGUUGGUAUUUUCUAACUUUCUCUUGUGCUAAAAGUUGAAUCCAUAAGCCAAGUUUAAUAUUUCUAAAGCUGAUGGAGGAAGUGGAGGGGAAGGGAGGUGGUAUUUCAUGCUCAGUGAAACAGAGAUCCAAAUCCUGAUGUGAAAUGAGUACAGACUUCCACAAACUCCUUUUUGAGGUUUCCGAGGCUUUGGUCACAGAUGAACUGGUGGCACUGAAGUUCCUCAGCCUGGAUCACAUUCCCAUGAGGAAGCUGGAAGCCAUCCAGGAGCCCAAGGCCUUCUUCGAAGUGCUGCAGGAGAAAGACAUGAUUGAGUCAGGGAACCUGGCCUUUCUCAGGGAGCUGCUCUUCUGGAUCGGUCGGAUGGACCUCCUGUCUACCCACCUGGAUUCCAGCCGGGAGCAGAUGGAGAGAGAGCUGCAGGUCCAAGGCAGGGCAAAGGUGUCAGCUUACAGGCAACUGCUAUAUGGAAUUGCAGAGGACUUGACUCCAGAAGAUGUCAAAAAUGUGAAGUUCCUUCUCCAAAAAAAAUUACCUAAGAACAAGCUCCAGGAUAAUGCUUCAAUGUUGCAGGUUUUUCUGGAAAUGGAAAGAAAUAGGAUAAUUAAAGAAGAUGACCUGACAACGCUGAAAGAUAUAUUAAAGCCAUUUAGAGCUGACAUAAAGAAAAAAAUUGAUAUCUAUGAAGAAAAAAAGAAAGAAAAUUAUUCUAAAGAAGAACUCCACUAUCCUGUGUCUGUUUCUCUGCAUCCAGGGGAACAAGGAGCAGAGGGGAAGACAACACACCUGCCUGUGGAAACAUAUAAGAUGAAAAAUAACCCCCAUGGUUACUGUGUGAUUCUUAACAACCACAUUUUUAACAAUCCGCGUUGCAACAGAAGAGGCACAGUGAAAGAUGGAGAGGCUGUGAAGAGAGUCUUUAAGUGGCUUCAGUUUGAGACAGUUGAGCACAUGGAUCUGGAAGCAAAAGAAAUAUACGAGAAAGUUAAAGAAUACAGCAAAAGAGAUCAUAGAAACAUGGACUGUUUUGUUUGCUUCAUUUUUUCCCAUGGUGAAAAACAGAAAAUAAAAGGCAUUGAUGAUGAGUUAGUAAAUAUUAGAGAUUUAGUCUCCUGCUUCAGUGGAUCUAAUUGUCCCUCUCUUGCUGGCAAACCCAAGGUGUUUUUCAUCCAGGCUUGCCAAGGCUCUGUUGGUCAUCCAGCUGUUCCAGUAGAAUCAGACUUUUCUGGACAUCUUGGGACGGAUGCUACCCCUCCAGCUUCCAUUCCUGAUCUGGCUGAUAUUCUGGUUGGCAUGUCUACAGUGGAAGACUAUUUGUCCUUCCGGAAUAGUGAGACUGGCAGUGUUUACAUUCAAUGCCUCUGUGACAAGAUAGAGUUGCUUUGCCCACACCGCAUCGAUCUCCUAACCAUCCUGACAACAGUGAACAAGGAAGUGGGAGGAAAAGAAUUUAAAGUAUGGAAUCAGAUGCCAGGAGGAAAAUUAGAGAAGCAGAUGCCACAGGUAAUAACAACACUACGGAAGCAACUGAUCUUCGAAAUUCCACAAGGACAGUCAAGUAAAAAGUAGAAAAAUAAGAAUGCAAUCAGUUUAGGCUUCCACAGGGAAGAGACUUUACAUGAGAAAUUAUCUAGAUCUGUGCAAUUAGCCCCAGUCCUUGAAGGACCCAUAGGACCUAAAUUUUAAAAUUUCCAUAUUUAAUCAGUCUUCUGACACCUGGAUCUGUGGCAGUUGGGUAAGGCUGUGGAAGAGCACAGAUCUGGCUUUUUGUCCUGCAGAGGCAGUGGAGUAUAUUCAGUCUGGGUUUCAGGUGAGGAAGCAUGUAUAGGGUUGUAACUGCCUUACCCAGAGGUCUAUCUUUGGAAGUUAUAAGUUUUCAUGGAAAAUAACAUCCUGAUCGAGAAGGACCAAAAAAUCCAUGAUUAUGAUAAUACAAUGGUUCUUUUCCUCCAGAUAUUUAGUUUGUUUUAUGUUAUUAGUUUACUUGGCUAAGCAGCAUUAAAAAGUGUAAGCUUUUUAACAGUAAGGGUUCUAAUUGGGUUUUUUCUCAGUGCCCCCAGGGGCCAGUGCAUCAU